CCCCGACUUCGUGCUAUUCACAUUACCAAUAUAAUUUAUUUGGUUUUUUAUUCUACUAAAAUUGCAGAAUGAAAGUUUAUGUUUACGUAUUGCUGCUGUGCAGCUUCUGUUUCGGUGCCCUCGCCUGGGAUUCUGAGGAAUUAGAAAUUUUCGACUUGGUUGAAGAAAUCAAUCAGAACUUUUAUGAGUUCAUGAACAUAUCGCAGGAAGCGACGAAUACUGAAAUUAAACGCGCCUUCCGUUCGCUUUCCAUCGUCCUGCAUCCGGACAAAAAUCCAUCGGAAGAUGCCAAUAUCCAGUUUCGUAAUUUGGUAUCUAUCUACGAAGUUCUAAGAGAGACUUCCAAACGUGAAAAAUACAAUAAAGUUUUGCGGGAAGGCUUGCCAAAUUGGAAGUCAGCAUUAUACUAUUACCGACGCAUGCGAAAGAUUGGCCUUUAUGAGGGAGCCGGCAUACUUUUCGUUAUAAUUACUAUUGGCCAAUAUUUGUUUGCGUGGGCGGCGUAUCUGGAGAAGAAAUAUACUGCCGAGCAAGUAUUUGGUUCUAAAUUGAAAAAGUUGCAGAAAAAGAACAAAAGUAUUGACAUGGAUGUCAUACUAAAAGAAAUACCAUCGCCCUCGAUUUUGAACACAUUACCUUUCCAAAUACCUCUCUUCAUUUGGCAUUUACCACGCACAAUCAAAGAAGGUUUUAGUAGAGCUAAUGAACUCAAGGAAAUCGCGCUGGAAAAACGACGACUAGAACUCGAGGAAGUGCGUCGGCAGGAAGAGCUCGAGCGUGAACUGGAAGAACAGGCACGUUUGCGGAAAGAAAAGAAGGAAAAUCUACGUAAGCGACGUCAAAACACCACUGCCCCGGAAAAAACCGAUGAAGAGUUGCGCGGCUAUUCACAGAUACAGGCGCGCGAAUUGACAGAGGAAGACGCUGUAAAGCCUGUGCUACAAAAAACUACGUUGAGUGGCGGCUUUUGGACUGAUGAAGAUCUCACUGAACUCAUACGUUUAGUCAAAAAAUAUCCCGGUGGUUCUAGCGCACGUUGGAAUAUCAUCGCCGAAACAAUGAAUCGCUCUGUGCAAGAAGUAACUUUCAUGGCAGCAAAAAUGAAGGAGAAUGGUUACCGCCUUCCAGGCCAAAGCGCUGAACAAAGCUCGGAAUUCACGCCACAAGCACAGGAAAUUACAAAGAAGGAAAAAGUGAAAAAGACCGCGCCAGUUGAUAAGAACAUACUUGUGCCCGAAACAAACUGGUCACAAGAGCAGCAGCGCGCACUGGAAUCGGCCAUAACUAAGUAUCGUAAAAAUGCAACCGGCGAUCGUUGGCAAAAAAUCGCCAACUGCGUGCCAGAAAAAUCAAAAGAGGAGUGCUUAAUGCGCUACAAAUAUUUAUGCGAACUAGUAAAAUCACAAAAGAAGAGCGAAGAAGAAGCGGCCGCUGACAAUGAAGAGACAACCAAUGAGAAAACGGAGGCCAUUGUGGAGGAAGCACCAGCGUCGCUCAACGUUGCCGAUAAUAAUGAGGAAGAUGUGUCCGUGGAGAAGGGAGGUAAAAAACGGAGUAAACGAAAAGAGCGUAGACGCAGGCGUGACAUGUCAAGCGAAGAAGAUUCAGAUGCUGCUUAUCAGUAUGAAAUGAAUUAAUGCAAGAAGGUGUCUAGUUUUAUUGAACAUUUCGGAAGUUUGAUUGCCAUUUUUUACUUUUAUGUCUCUUAUGUGCGGUUUCAUCAAAUAAAUUUAAAAUUCAAAGUUGCACAAAUCCAAUACGAAACUUGCUAUUUUAAAUUUUAAGUCUGAUAAAUUUAAAAUUGAUUGAUGAAACCAGUCAUGACAAUUGUAAACCUUAAAAAGGACAAAUAUUUACAUAUUGGCAUUUGAUAAUUUGCUUUUAAGUUGCGGGAGUUUAGUACCUCAGCAUUUUUUAUUUUGUUAAAUUUGAUUUUACAAAAAAAAAAAGCGCCUACAUAACACCAAUCCCAGCUGGCUAAAUAGUAAAAAUAUUUUUGAAUAAAUACAAAUAGAAACAAUUUUCAGCUUA